AGAGAGUGUGUGUGUGUGAGAGAGAGAGAGAGAGAGAGAGCGAGCGCUGGAGGUGUAGAAGUGAGAGAGUGUGUGUGUGUGAGAGAGAGAGAGAGAGAGAGAGCGAGCGCUGGAGGUGUAGAAGUGAGAGAGAGUGUGUGUGUGAGAGAGAGAGAGAGAGCGCUGGAGGUGUAGAAGUGAGAGAGAGAGUGUGUGUGUGUGUGUGUGAGAGAGAGAGAGAGAGAGAGAGAGAGAGAGAGAGAGAGCGCUGGAGGUGUAGAAGUGAGAGAGGGAGAGUGUGUGUGUGUGUGUGUGUGUGUGAGAGAGAGAGCGCGCGCUGGAGGUGUAGAAGUGAGAGAGUGUGUGUGUGUGAGAGAGAGAGAGAGAGCGCUGGAGGUGUAGAAGUGAGAGAGGGAGAGUGUGUGUGUGAGAGAGAGAGAGAGCGCUGGAGGUGUAGAAGUGAGAGAGUGUGUGUGUGUAUGAGAGAGAGAGAGAGAGAGAGAGAGAGAGAGAGAGAGAGAGAGCGCUGGAGGUGUAGAAGUGAGAGAGGGAACGCAGUCAGUGAUCAGUGCAGAGUUGAAGCAGUUCCGGGAAACAGGAUGCUGCCGGUGUUGUGGAAAAGCUUUUUUGUUCAACUUUACGCAUUUUUCUUUCCUCGUCGCGCGUGCCCCUGAAGUUGGAAAUACUUACUAAUGGAUGUUUUUUUUCCUGCGCUGUGCUUUUGUAAAGGUUUUUGUUUCUUCUGAGUUUGUAGUGGUGUCGGUGUGAAGGCGUGAUGUGCGUUGCAGUGUGCUGUGGAUAGACAAUGCGCGCUUCAGGAUGGGAGCGAAUAACGGCAAACAGUGCGGAAGCGAAGGUUCUCUGGGUUCCUCUUGAGAACUAAAAACAGGCAGGUAAAGGAAGCUCCAGCAUUUCCUCCGACGUGAGCUCCGGCACUGAUCAUACACCCACUAAAGCUCCCAGGAAUGUAACUGCCAGUGAAGACUCAGACCUGAGCAUGAGGACACAUAGCACCCCAAGUCCUGCUCUCAUCCUGAACUUGAGUCCUUCUCAUCUUUCUCCUCAAACUCUCCCCAAUGGUCAUGAGUCUCCAUCCUCAUCCCCAUCUUCAUCUUCAUCCCCCACCAUUCCUAGAGAAACUGUCGCUAUAGUCCAUGCUCCUCCAGGAAGCUGCAAAAAGGCCUCCAAAUCUCACUCCUCUUCACUCGUUGAAUUUAUUCCAGACCCUGUCGUGUUACAGAUCUUCGCUCACCUGUCCACGCCGCAGCUGUGUCGCUGUGCCCGAGUGUGUCGCCGCUGGUACAGCCUGGCCUGGGACCCCCGUCUCUGGAGAACCAUCCGACUUAGCGGAGAGUUGCUCCAUGCUGACAGAGCCCUGAAGGUCCUCACUCAGCGCCUGUGCCAGGACACCCCCAAUGUCUGUCUCACUCUGGAGAUGGUGGUGGCGAGCGGAUGCCCAAGGCUGUCUGAUCGUGGCCUGCGUGUGCUAGGUCAGUGCUGUCCUGAGCUACGACACCUUGAGGUGGCAGGCUGUUACAACGUUUCAAACGAGGCGGUAUUUGACGUCGUGUCCCGCUGUCCUAACCUUGAGCACCUGGAUGUCUCAGGUUGCCCUAAAGUGACAUGUAUAAGUCUGACUCAGGAGAGUUCACUGCCUCUCUCUCCACUCCAUGGACAGGAGAUCGGCUUGCGCUAUCUGGACAUGACAGACUGCACAUCUCUGGAGGAUGAAGGCCUUCGUGCCAUCGCUCUUCACUGCCCGCUCCUCACCCAUCUCUAUCUGCGCCGCUGCACCCGGCUGACAGAUGAAGCUUUACGCCAGCUGACUCUUCACUGCCCUGCUCUGCGCCAGCUCAGUCUAAGUGAUUGCCAUUUACUUGGCGACUUCGGCUUGCGUGAGGUGGCCCGCAUGGAGGGUCAGCUCCGCCAUCUGAGCGUGGCACACUGCAGCCGCAUCACUGACGUAGGUAUGCGUUAUGUGGCACGCUACUGUCCACGUCUGCGCUACCUGAAUGCUCGAGGCUGUGAAGGCAUCACAGAUCAGGGCCUGAGCCAUCUUGCUCGCGGCUGCCCCAAGCUGCGGGCGCUGGACGUGGGCCGAUGCCCGCUGGUGUCAGACAUGGGACUUGAGGUGUUGGCACGUUGUUGCGCUGGUCUCAGAAGGCUCAGUCUAAAAGGAUGUGAGAGUUUAACCGGCAGAGGGUUGAAGGCAUUAGCUACAGGAUGUCCUGAACUGCAGAUGCUUAAUGUACAGGAGUGUGAGGUGCCCGCGGAGGUGUUGCGGCUGAUACGACGCCACCGCAGACGCUGUGUGAUUGAACACACCAACCCAGCUUUUUACUGAGCACAUGCGGGGGUCUUCUGACAAGCGGUUUAUUUACUGCAGCUUUAUGAUUGGUUGCUGUCGAGUGUGUGUGAGGCUUAAGAUGACAAGGUGUGCAAUAUGUCUGUAAAAAUAGUUACCUUGCCACUACAUGAUGUGUGUAAUAGUAUUUAUCAGAUAAAAAGGUUACUGGUAUUCUAUCUAAUGUCUGUUAUUUUUGUCUGGUUUUGAGAGAAGAUACGUCUCCAAAAGCUUUAAUUGAAGAUGCUGGGUCUGUGGCAUUACCACUGUCCAAAGGUACUUUGCUUUAUUUUAAUCUAAAACAUCUGAGUUUUAAUGUUGUUUGAAACUGUGUCCAUACUUUGUUUAUGUUAUUUGUAUAAUACUGUUUUACGUUUAUAUUUGCACUUUAAAAUUCAUAUACGACGAUAUCCAGCAUUGCAUUAAAAAGAACCAUCUUUUUAUUGUAUUUUGUUGAGAGCCCUUACACUUUUCUUGUUUUUUAGUUUGUACACUUACAAUGCUGAAGUAAAACAACAAAAAAACAAUUGUAACUGACUUCUACAUGACCAUUUUUGAACCUCUUUUGUUCUUUAGUACGAGCCCUUAGCUGUAUUGGUAUUAUGCCUUUAAGAGUGAUACAUGGUAUGUAAGAAACCUCUUUUCUGAUUGGCUGACCUCUUCAUGCCCCCUCUACCUGUGACAUGUAAAGUAGUAUGGAAAUCUCCAAAAGAAUCCAAAUAGCAUCUGCUCAACCACCAUAGAAUAAAGUGGCAGGUUUAUCCAUCUUUAGCAUCAUCAGCUAUUACAAAGCAUAAUAACAAAAAUGUAGAAAUCAUUAGAUAUUCAGGCAAAUAGUUAUAGUCUGUGAAUAUUAACUAUAAAUUCAAAUUAAAUCUCAAUAGCCCAGAUUAAACUGCCUCCUAUUUAGAAUAGUUAUUAACCCACUCUGGCCUACGAAAGCGCCCACGUCAGCUAACGUCAGUCAAUUGAUGAAAUAUUACAAUGAAGUGAAGUACUGUUGUGUGUUUGCUGUUAGGUGAAAUGUAGUUAGAAAUGUCUUACUCAUCCAUAAGCAGAAACAUUUCAGCAAAACCUGCACAGUGUGGUGCCUUGAUCAAAAAGCAAUCCCGGUUGCAGUAGUUAUGCUCAUACCAAAUUCCUCAGAACAAAAAGCCAUUCCUUUUCCAUUUCCAGAUCCUUUGGAAAGCUAGGUAUAGAUAUGUUUUGCAAUGUUUAUAUUUGCAUAUGUAAAUGUGUUCAUGGUGGUGAUGCUGAAACAGACUGCAUUUUAGUUUCCAUAUAUAAAUAUCAAUGUUUACAUGAUACUGAUUUUUUUACAUUACUGAUUUUUUUUUUUUUUUUUAAAGCAUGUAAGAUCCAGUUUUCGAUCAUUUGUGUUCUUUAAAUGCCCCCAGUAAUUAUGGCAAUAGAAGGGCUUGGAUAUAAACAGUGUAAUAGAGGUGCGGGUCGAAGGGAAUGAUGAAAGAAACAACAAAGUAUUGCUGCUACAAAUAAAGGGCUACUUUCAUUACAAA